AUGGAAAAGCCAGAUCUGUCCUGCCCCUCCAUCACCAGAUACCUCAAAACCAGAUUCACAGAGCUCCUUCCAACGAAGCAGUCCAUCGCCGCCAACCGACAUCUUCUCAACCCACUCCCGGGUUUGAGGAUGAUUGGAGGCAAGCAGUGGUUGAUGAUUCUCUCUGCCUUCAUAGCAUGGUCCUGGGAUGCCUACGAUUUCUUCUCCAUCUCGCUUAACGCCAAGGAGCUUGCAAACGAUUUCGGCAAAACCGUCAAGGACAUCACGUGGGGUAUCACUGUCGUGUUGAUGUUGAGAUCCGUCGGAGGCUUCUUCUUCGGGUAUCUUGGUGACAAGUACGGUAGAAAGUGGUCCUUGAUCCUCAACUUGAUGUUUGUGUGUGUCUUGGAAAUCGGUACCGGUUUCAUCAAGACGUACGAACAGUUCUUGGGUGUCAGAGCGGUUUUUGGUAUCAUGUUGGGUGGUGUCUACGGUAACGCUGCUGCUACCGCCUUGGACGAUUGUCCACUUGAGGCUAGAGGUUUCAUUUCCGGAUUCCUACAACAAGGUUAUGCUUUCGGUUACUUGUUGGCUGUCGUCUUCAAAAGAGCCAUUGCAGAUAACGCCAAGCAGAGAUGGAGAGCCAUGUUCUGGUUUGGUUCCGGUGUCUGCUUCUUGAUCUGUGUCUUUAGAGCAAUGUUGCCUGAAACCAAGGCGUUCUUAAAGCAAAAGGAAAUCGAAAGAUACAAUAUCGAGCACGGCAUCCACCAGAAGAGUUUCAAGGAAAAAGCUGUUGACUCUCUCAAAAUCUACUGGUUGAUGAUUCUGUAUAUGAUCUUGUUGAUGGCAGGUUUCAACUUUAUGUCCCACGGUUCCCAGGAUUUGUACCCAACCUUGUUGAGUGUGAGAUACAACUUUUCUGAAGAUGCACAGACUGUCACAAACUGUGUGGCCAACUUCGGUGCCAUUGUCGGUGGUAUUAUGGUCGGACACUUUUCGAACUUUGUUGGUAGAAGAUUGUCCAUCAUGAUCUGUUGUGUUGCUGGCGGUGCGCUCAUCUACCCAUGGGCUUUCGUCGACAACGCCAACAUCAACGCUGGUGUCUUCUUCCUCCAGUUCUUUGUCCAAGGUUCCUGGGGUGUGGUGCCAGUCUACCUCUCAGAAAUGGCCCCUCCAGACUUCAAGGCGUUCGUUGUCGGUAUCUCCUACCAGUUGGGUAACUUGGCCUCCUCUGCGUCGUCCACGAUCGAGACCACCAUUGGCGAGCAAUUCCCAAUGGUGUCCCCAACGGGAAAGAAGAUCUUUGACUACGCCACCGUCAUGGCCAUCUUUGUUGGCUGUGUCUUUGGAUACGUGCUGAUCGUUGCCUUCUUGGGCCCAGAGCGCCAACUGCGCAACAUGGACGGCGAGACCGAGGAAGCCGGAAGUACUGCCUGUCACCAUACAAUGACAUAA